GCAGAGCUGAGACUGGCACGAGCGACUUCAAAAUCAUCAGUACUCAUCUUGCUGGAUCUGUCUGCUGCUUUUGACACCGUUAACCACCAGAUCCUCCUGUCAACACUCAAGUCGAAGGGCAUCUCGGGAACUGCACUCCAGUGGUUCAAGUCUUACCUCUCAGAUGAUCCGACGGUUGCUGGUCGUAUUGCAGGCUGCCUGACCGCCAUUUCUGCCUGGAUGAAGGACCACCACCUUCAACUCAACCUUGCAAAAACGGAACUGCUGGUGGUCGGUGCCGACCCAACACUUCAUCAUAACCUUUCAAUUCAACUUGGGUCGUCAACCAUUACUCCUUCCAGGACAGCCAGGAACCUUGGAGUGGUGAUGGAUGAUUGUUUAAGCUUCACAGAUCAUGUUGCUACAACGGCCCAGUCCUGCAGAUUUGCCUUGUACAACAUCAGGAAGAUUAGACCCUUCCUAUCGGAGCAUUCCACACAAAUUCUUGUCCAAGCUCUUGUUCUAUCCAGACUGGACUAUUGUAAUGCUCUUUUGGCUGGUCUUCCAGCAUGCACUGCCAAGCCUAUACAACUGUUCCAGAAUGCUGCAGCAAGACUGGUCUUCAACGAGCCGAAGAGAGCGCACGUCCCUCUUCUCUUCAUCAGUCUGCAUUGGCUGCCAGUAGCUGCUCGCAUCCAAUUCAAGGCUCUGAUGUUUGCCUACAGAACGACCGCUGGCUCUGCACCGUUAUACCUUAACUCGCUACUUCAGACUUAUGCGCCCUCCAGAAACUUGCAUUCUGCAAGUGAACGGCGGCUUGUGGUGCCAUCACAAAGGGGCACAAAAUCACUCUCACGAACCUUCUCCGGGUCUGUUCCUGGCUGGUGGAAUGACCUGCCACGCUCUAUCUGAGCAGCUGAGUCUCUAGCCAUUUUCAAAAAAAAUGCUAAAGAUGUAUCUUUUUCGUCAGCACUUGACCCAGUAAUAGUAGCACUUACCUUGAUUUCUAUUUUCAUUCCAUCUAUUUGUGUAUUUAUUAAAAAAAAAAAAAAAAAAAAAAAAAAAAAAAAUCCUUGCUAUGAGCACUUUACUGUCAUAACUGUGACUUCACACAGCACUUACAUACUGUUGUUCUCAUGUUGAUUUGAUUGAUUCUCCUGUUCUCAUUUGUAAGUCACUUUGGAUAAAAGCGUCUGCUAAAUGACUA